AAUUCUUUUCCUUUCAUCAGGGGCGGAUUCGCAUGACUUUCAUUACUGGAGUGACGAAGUUUUAAUAAGACAAUUGGCAUGUGUUCGAUCACUUUCGGCGCGCUAGGAUUUUUGGGCGCUGUGCUGCUGGCUGCCGGUAUCACUCUGUCCAUCACUGUACCGGAGUCGUUUGCCCUUGCAUUGGCGUUUGGACUGAUGGGCGGAGUUAUGUUUUGUGUUGCUACGAAAUUUUGCUUUGACCAGGAUACACUUCGGAUGUGCUGCAGGACUACGGAAGACCCAAGAUACAUGACAGCUUGAGCAUUGGACCAUUUUAGAGAAUAUGGACACCACGGACUGAACACUUAUGUGCAGUGGGCUGUGAAUUAAUCGAAGAUUGUUCGGCUUUUAUAUUUUUAAGCGAGUCGGUGUAUCGGAAGAUCGGUCGAUUGACCUUGUCUUCCAGAUACAUCCGCGUCUGCCAACAUUUCUGUUCAUGUGUUUCGCCAACGUUUAUUGAUCCGUGUAAGCUGAACUUGACGUAACAUGCACUAAAAAUCCGACUGCAAUAUUGCUGAACUGUGGUUAACCAAUUUCACUUCAGUCGGCAGAUUCCUCACGUUUUUUGUGAUAGACAUGUACAUACACGCGUUUAUUUAUUUUUGCAAGCGUUUUUUUGGCGUGAUUGUGGGCUUUCCGAAAUGAAAAUUAAAAAUUUUUCAGAGUUUACUCGCUA